GAUGUUGUAAUUGCUGUGUUGUAGUUGUUGCUAUGGUGAUGUCAGUCAGAAUGGCUCCUCCUCUUCCUGUGAUCUUUCUCCUCAUGAUUCACAAUGUUUUCAGUGAAGGUUGGGGUGUGAGUUACAGUCCUUCACACAUCUGUGCACUAAAGAACUCAUCAGUGAUAAUGAGCUGCACUUAUACAUACCCUACUGGACAUAAGAUUGAGAAAGUGUUCUGGACCAAAAACCCUGUAAAGGGUGAAGAGUCUCCAGAUCUGUCUGAUGAUCCUGAAUACAGUCAGAGGCUUCAGUAUCUGGGAGACAAACAGCAGAACUGCACCAUCAGACUGAGUCAUGUGACACAGAACGACCAACACAUGUACUAUUUCAGAUUCAUCACUGUUCGACCUAAUAUGAAAUGGACUGGUGAUCCAGGAGUGAUUCUUACUGUCACAGAUCUUCAGGUGGAGGCUCCUGAGAGAGUGACAGAGGGUCAUAAUGUCAGUCUGACAUGUAAAAGCAGCUGCACUCUGACUGACAGAGCAACAUUCAUCUGGUACAGAAACUCACAGCCAUUAACUGAGAGAAGAGACAGAAACAAUCAACUCCUGCUGCAGUCAGUCAGAAGAGAGGAUGCAGGCAGAUACAGCUGUGCUCUACAUGGACACACUUACAUCUCUCCUGCUGCUCAGCUCAAUGUCUCCUGUGAGACUCAUUAG